AUGACGUCCUCAGGCCCUUGCGCAACGUGUAGCUGGACUACUGAACGCCAAAAGCAUUGUAACUACAAAAGCCAUGUCAAACUAUUCUACGAAGCAGGCGAUCGAGGCGUCUGGUCAUUGGGCUCAAAUUUAAUUCUUAAAGAUCGAGGUUCUAGUCUUCCGACCAUUGAAGUACCAAAUAUUCAGUUUGUGCAGGAAAAGACAUCCAUUCCUGUUCCUACCGUUGUCGAAUCUUGGAACGAAGGCGAACACACCCUUAUCUUAAUGAAGCGUAUUCCUGGCGAGCCCCUCAGCAACGUCUGGCCAAGGCUUUCCACAGACGAAAAAGAAAUGAUAGCUAGGCAGACAGCCGAGUAUCUGCUAGAACUUCGCAAGCUUCAGUCCGAUAAUAUCCAAGCGCUUGAUGGCCGUCCUGUUUAUUCCAAUUUCCUGUUCAGAGACAAAGACUCCGAGCUUCCUCACGGUCCUCUAGCAUCGGAUGACGAACUCUGGGCUGAUAUGGAGCGUGGGUUGAAAGAAACCAUACCCGAGGCUGCGCGAAUACGACUUCGACAUUGCAUGCCAUCCGCUACGCCUUAUACCUUUACGCAUGGUGACCUCACUAAUGUCAAUAUCAUGGUUGAGAACGGCACUGUUACUGGCAUAAUUGAUUGGGAGAUGUCUGGCUACUUUCCAGUAUGGUGGGAGUAUGUUUGUACAUCAGUCCCUGAUAGUAUGGAGGACAAGGAGUGGAAGUCUUUGUUACGAAAGUAUAUGCCCGAUCACAGCAUCGCGCGUGAAUUUUGGCUGGAUUAUUAUUAUCUCUGCAGGGAUCCAGAAAGCGAAAGAGCAAUGAAGUUCAUUGAGGAGACAAGGAGUGAGAACUCUUAGAGAGGUGUUUAACCUAUCUCUCUUAAAAGAUCGACAGGAUUUCUUAUCGGUAUCUCAAGCACUUUUCUCUAUGAUCAAGUCUUGCAUGCAACUAUCCCUAAGCAGAAAUCCCAUACUUUAUGUGAGAGAUUUCUUGGCAACGGUGAAUUCGUAUCAUGAUUUUUCAAUGGGACAGCAAAGUUUUAAGGUGGCUGGAAAAUGCUGAAGCAACAGUGAUAUGUUUUAUAUACCAUAAUAAAGCCAGAGAGACAUGUAUAAACGAGUGACAAAAAGCAAGUUGAUAUGGAGAAAUAUCAUGUGAACACAGAACACAGAUAAACAAGUGACACAAAGGGCCCAAUGAAUACAAUUCCCUCGUG